AUGGACCUUGCCCCUCCGUCUUACGAGUCUGCCACGGAUAGGGACGCAUGGUCAAUCAUUGCGCGCUACAUACCCUCUAGUGACCUAUGUGCUGCGUCCUUGGUUUGUCGCCGAUGGCAUGGCCUAUUCAUGCCAUUCCUAUGGGGUGAUCCUGCGUCUCAUUUCGGGACAGACAACGAUGCAGUCUAUGUGGCCCUUACGCGAUUCCGCAGAACCCUCAAGUAUGCGCGGGAAGAAGUGCGAGCCUUGACUCAUACCCUGCAUCUUCCACCCGCUCUCUCGGAGAUCUAUGGCGGACCGCGCCCGGGCUGGUUGAGAGACAUUCUCGAGUAUCUACCAUGUCUGCAGUGUUUGAUGGUCUCCAGAUUGCCGUUUUUCGACCACAAUGCCAUGGCGACACUGAAGGACUGCCAGAGGUCGGAUAAAUACAACAUACGCCUCUUGUUGGCCGAACGGGAGCCGAAUACAACGUCUUCGGGUCUUGCGCACACGCUGUCGUUAUUCCCAUCCCUGACGUAUUUGGAUCUCUCAUAUACGACCCCUGCACGAGAUCGCAACGUUCUGUCUGCACUCAGUAGAAUGCCCUUUCUCCGGGUCCUAAAAUUACGUGCGAUCGGGCUCAAGGACAAUGACGCCGAGUUCCUAGCUAAUGUCAUUGGACGCCGCGUCCGGUGCCUGGACCUAAGAGAUAAUAUGCUCACUGACAUGGCAAUACGCUCAUUGCUGCAAGCUUCAUUUCUCCCCCCAGGCAGAAGACGGGUGCCACCAAACCAAAUGCGAAUGACCGGCUCACCGGACCCCCUCUCCCACUAUUUACUUCACGAAUCUAGUUCGGAUUUCUUCAAGCGGCCAGACCUGGAUGAGCAAUUUGCCAAGCUACUCGCCCAGCCUGUGCUCUAUCAUCCAUGGGUGGAAGAUUUGCCAAACACUGGAAUAUCCCAUCUGUACAUUACCGGUAAUGAGAUCUCGGUGGAAGCAGUGGCGAGUCUCUUGGUAUCAUCCCAGUUGCACGCUCUGGAUUUCGGGACAAUCAGCACUCCAGAUAAAGCAUACGAAACCCAUCGUUUCGGGCGAAACAGGUAUCCUGGAGCCGAGAAACUAGUUCCAGUUUUAGGGAAACUCGCUGGCGAGAGCCUGAUAUAUCUCCGAGCGCAUCAUGCGGUUCUUACGUGUGAACCGCCGGUCAGAGACGUGGCCAACACUAUUGAGUUUUUACCAGAGCUUCCUGGACGCCAAUCGCCCGAUGGAGAUCAGCGGUUUGAGUUGGAUACUUCCCAGGAGGUCUUUGAGUUGCCCGGGCACUCACGACCCGUGUUUGAGCUUGCGGAUACGUCGAGGGCAGAUUCCAUGGGCUCGAGGUCAAUAAUGAUCGAGCCUCAGACACCCCAGCUCUCAUCACAGACCAUGCCUUCCAUCAGGCGUGGGUCAGCUUUCGCUCCAGAAGUCGUACAAGCCAGUCCCGAUGAGCCCAUCGGCCAGAUCGCUAGAACAGAAACCUUUAUGUCUUUCUCAUCAGUCUCGGAGUGUAAUACGUUCGCCACAGACUCAUCUCUUGCAACAACGCUUCAAUGCAGCUCCCCGGUAUCAAUGAAUGACUCCAGUGCAGAAAUGAUACAGCAGCUUCUUGCAAAAAGGCCCCGAAAUCAAUCAAUUCCACUUCAAGGGGGGAAAGAAAGUCGCUUUCCUUACCUGCAUCCGUCACAUAUCCCUCAUAUGGAGACUUUGGUCUUGUCGGAUGUGCCCUCGCAUGUGGCACCAGACUCCUUCAUAAUACCCGCCCUCAAAAGAUUCAUCACCGCUUGCUCCAAUGAAGCGUUACUAGCAAGUCUGCAGGCCGGGUCAGAUUAUUCACUUCCACCAGGCCAGGCACGCGCGCAUGCCGAGCAGCAAAGAUCUCGGUCAAUCUUUGGAUUACGGCGCGUUGUUCUUGAGAUAACGCCUGUUGAUACCUCCAAACUGACGUCCUGGAAACCAGGAAAUCAGUACAACGCAGCCGGUCAUUCGAGCACAGGGGAUCGCGAUUCAGAGAACCUUUGGUCCGCGGCUACUGGUGACUUCAGUUUCUUUGGGGAGGAAGAAUGUGGGGUUCCUGAAAACGACCCUGGCAAGUACUUCCCAAUGGCAGCUCUGAACGAGAAAUUCCCCCUCAUGCCAGAUGAUGAUUUGGCCCUUUCGCCUGAUUCUCCCCAUCCUGGACGUUAUCCUUCGCCGAAGGAACAGCGUAUAAGUUCACAACCAGAUCAAGCGCAGAUCCACACCUUGGAUCUUGUCGCAGAGCUUGCGGCUUUCCGUCGCGAAAAGAAGGCUGAAUAUGACCAAGCGGUUCAACGCGAAAGGAAACGACGCAGCACAACAGGUUCUGGCAUGUCGAGUCUUCCCACGACAGCCUUUGUCGAGGGUCAUUGGAAAGGGGAGCUCAAGGUGGUGCGAAACCCCAUGCCCAAGGGACGAAGCGGGAUGAUCGAUAUGUAUGGGAACUAUUUCGAAAAGGGCUACUUGUACCCCUAA